GAAACAGCGGAGCGUGUGACGGAAGAGAAAGCCAGGCUGGAGCUGCCCUGGGAAGUCGGGAGUCUGUCUGCCAGAGUCACCGCAGAACAACGCCAUUUCACCUGCAGCUAGAGGAACAGACGACAGGAGCCACAGGUAUUUAUCGGACAGCUGUUUCCGCUGAUGCUAAUGUUGGAUUCCUGCCAGGAGAGCCAGCGGCUCUCGCGGAGGCCUGGGAAUGGCCCACCGCGGAGGAAUGGAGCGAUAGUCCGGGUCAGAGAUGUCAACCGAGGAGGGCUGAGCCACACUAGCACUAGCGCUAGCUAAAGAGGCCCGUUGGGAAUGGCGGUGGACAUCUACGACUCUCAGUACCUCCUCAUCCUGGCCCCCACCCUGGUCAUCGCACUCAUGUUCCUCUUCUUCUGGCUCUUCAUGAAGGAAACCUCUUACGACGAGGUGCUGGCCAGGCAGAAACGAGACCUCAAGCUGUCGCCAAUCAAGCCUGACUCUCGCAAGAAGAACGAGAAAAAGAAGAGCAAGAAGAAGGAUCCUGCCAGUGGAGGGAGCGCUGGAGGUGGAGGGGAGUCGGAAGAAGACCUGCGGGAGUUUGACUUGACUGAUGGUGUCGGCUCGAAUCUGGAGGUGGAGGAGGACCCUGCACCGGUAGUUAUCCCAGAAGCACCUGCUGUCAGUGCACUAGUCUCGGCAUCUCCAGAGGCUCCUGCUGGUUUGAGGGAGAGAAAGAAAAAGGAGAAGAAGGCCGCCAAAGCUGCUGCUGCGGCCGCCGCCGCCGCAUCUGCAGCCGCAACGGGUUCACUCUCAGAAGAAUCAGAAAUAAAUGGCUCCAAGCCAAUCGCUCGCAAGACGGAGUCACCUCCAGCUGUGAGCAAAGCGCCAAGCACACCACCCUUGCUGUUUGAGGCUGCGGUUCCGGUCCAAGCUUUCCAGGUCCCUGUGCAGGCUCAGACUCCUCCCCCGUCCUCCGGGAAGAAGGAGAAGAAGAAGAAACAGAAAGCGGAGUCUGUCGAUACCCAGCAGGUAGAGGUGCGAGCAGAGCCGGCGCUGGUUAAAAAGGAAACCCCCGCAGCGACCGAGACCAAAGUUCUGGAUGGUUCUGCUCCCAGUGGCAAAAAGAAGAACUCUGCCAAGAAGCAGAAGACUGAGCCCGUAGAUGAAACCCACAUUCUGGCAGAUUUAGCCGCUUCUUCAAACCACCAGGCACUUCAUAACGAUAACGUUCCGUCUAAAGGAUCCAGCAAGAAACCGAAGAAUGAAACUGAUAAAGAGAACCGGGAGAUGAAGCUGAAGGAGCUCCUCUCUGGUCUGUCUAGUCUGGCCAUGUCGGACGCAGAAGCUGUCAGUGUGAUGGCGCUCCUCCGAGAGAAGAGCCCUAAUGCUUUGGACGCCUGGCACAAGUGCGCCGUCAGGCCCGAUCCAGCUGCUCAGGAGCGAGAGAAACUCCUAACAACUCUGCAGGAGGAAGCCUCAAUCGCCAAAGAGAAAGUGAAACAGCUCAGUCAGGAGCUGCAGCUGGAGAAGCAGAAAACGGGCCGAGUGGAGGCGGUGAUGAGAGAGCAGCGUGCAGCCAUGGAGAAGGAGCUGGGCGGCAUGCAGGCCAAAGCACAGGGCAGCUACCAGGAGCUCCAGACCAUGCAAAUAAAGUUUCAGCAGGCGAGGGAACAGCUGGAGAGCCAGAUCACACGUCUGCAGCAGGAGAACGGGAUUCUGAGGGACGCCGUCAGCUCCGCCACCAACCAGAUGGAGAGCAAGAAUUCAGCCGAGCUGAACAAGCUGCGCUCCGAGUACGCCGGUCUGAUGAAAGAACUGGCAGACAACAACGGCAAGCUGCAGCAGGAGGAGCACCAGAGGAAGUCGCUGGAGGUCGGCUACAAGCAGAACGUGUCCCAGCUGGAGGCACAGCUACAGGACGCCAAACGGCGCUGGGAAGAGCUGCAGAACUUCCUCCACACCGUCAAUACAGAAAGAGAGAAGCUCCAGGCCUCCAAGCAAGAGCUCCACAGCCAGCUGCUGGCGGUGGAGACGGAGAUGAACAACAAAAACAAGGAAGUCCAGACCUUACACGGCAGCCUGGCAGAAGCCAUGCUCUCCAAGGAUCGGCUGGAGCAGCGAGUGAUGGAGCUGAUGGAGAUGUCUCAGCACAGCAUGCAGGAUGAAUCUCUGCAGGCCCAGGUUCAGGAGCUCAUGAAUGAAAACAAAGCUCUUCAAGUUCAAAAGGAGACAUUUCAGGUCCAGAACGAGAGCCUGCAGGCCCAGAUCUCUUCACAGGCCAGCCACGUGUCCCACAUUGAGGAGCUACAGAAGCUGCUGGCGGAGAAGGAGCUGCAGAGGAAAAGUCUGGAAGAUUCUCUAAAUGCUGAGAGGAGCGCCGGAGCGAGCAGGGAAACAAGCAUGCAGGCUUUGCACAACGAUAACAUGUCGCUGAAGGCAGAGGUUCAGGAUCUGCAGGCACGGAUUGCUGAUCAGACUGCAUCCCAGCUGGCUCUAGACCAGUUCCAGAUGAGUGUCAGAGAGAAGGAGGAGAGUAUUAAAAUGGUUGAGGGACUUUUGGAGAAUGGGCUGAUCGAAGUGGCCAACAAGGAGGAGGAGCUCAAGAAAGUCAGAGCAGAGCGAGAAGCACUAAGACGAGAAAUCGAGGAUCUUAAGAGAACGACAGCAGAAAAGGUGUCAGCAGGGUCAACAGUUGAAGCACUUCAAACCAAGAUCCAUGAGAAGGAUCUGCAGCUGUUGUCGCUGGAGGAGAGUCUACAGAAGGAGAAAGCCAGCAGCGCUAGCAGAGGGAAGGCACUUGAGACUGUGGAGCGGCAGCUCACUGCCCUUCAGGUGGAGUUGGAGCAACUGAGAACCAAGGAGGCGAGCACUUCUGCCACCGAGCUCCAGGAACUCCAGACUCAGCUUGCAGCAAAGGACCAAGAAAUUCAGAUGCUGAAGGCUGAGCUGGAGGCGAGAGCUAAGGAGCUGAUGGAGAAAGUGGAGCAGGCACAACAGCAGUCCAACUCUGGAGUUCCAAGCCAAGAGCUUCUUGCAUCGUUGUCGGAGAAGGAGAGGCAGGUCAGCGGUCUGCAGAGUGAGCUGGCCGAGCUGAGGGACUCGCUCGAGCUCCACAGGAAAAAGAACAAUGAGCUUCGGGAGAAAAACUGGAGUGCAAUGGAAGCUCUGUCAGCCACCGAGUCCAUGCUUCAAGGAAAACUCAGCAAAGUUGUCAAGGAGAGCCAAGCAGCGCUGACGGCCUCUCAAGCAGAGUGUCGAGGUGUUCUGACCAGACUUCUGCCCCAUGUGCCUCUGCCCACUGAACAGAAUCAUCAGGAAUGGUUGCAAAGAUUUGAGAAGGCAGUUGGUGAGAGCUCCGUAGCACAAUCCAGCCAGACGACGGAGGACUCUGAGAAUUUGACUCAGAAAUUGAAAGAAGCUGAGGAGAGUCAAAAGAUUCUCCAGAAGGACUGUGAGACGUACAAGACGGUUUUGGGAGAAACUGAGGGCAUCCUGCAGCGCCUGCAGAGCAGCGUAGAGGAAGAGGAGUCUCGCUGGAAGCUGAAGAUGGAGCUUUCCCAGGCAGAGCUUAAAGAGGUGAGAAGAGAAAAGCAGCACUUGGAGUGUGAGUUGGAGCGGGCAGAGCGGGAGAGCGCCACCUAUGUGACGGAAGUCCGAGAGCUCAAAGAUCUGUUGACUGAAUUGCAGACCAGACUAGAUGGCUCGUAUACCGAGGCCAUCAGACAGAAUGAGGAGCUGACUUUGCUGAAAACCCAGCUCACCGAGACGUUGUCCAAGUUGGAGGCAGAGGAGAGCGAGCGGCAGAAAGUGGCCGGUGACCUCUACAAGGCUCAGCAGUCUCUUGAUCUGAUCCAGGACGAACUGUCAAAACUGUCAGACAAACCUGAUGGUGUGAUAGAGAACAGCAGUCUGCCGUCGGAGACGGAGGAUAUUGAUAAAAAGGAGAAAAUGACUGCAGGGCUGAAUCAAACGGUCAGAGAGAUGCAGCAGCUGCUUCAAACUGUCAGCCAACAGCUCACUAAGGGACAGCAGGGGGAGCUUGAAAAAGACCUUCCUAAGGUCUAAAGCGAGGACGGAGCUCCGUACAGUAUGGAGACCACCUUUGAACACCACCUCGUCACUACCACACCAGAUCAUAGUCACACCCAGCCACCUCCUCACUCCCAAACUCCCGUCGCCUCCUGCUGACUAGUCGUGGGGCUGCUGAACCACCCCCUGACCCGGUGUGGGCCACAGAGGUUACUCUUCUGUUCCAAGCUGCUCCACUCCAGCCACAUUCCUCCUUCUGCAUCACUGGUUGAUUUAAACUAAAACAACUUCUGGCAUUAUUUAACGUGGCAACCAUUCCUCUCUUUUCAGUCGCCUGUAUUGUUUUCUCCCUUUGAAAACAACUUUUUUCCCUUAUUUUUCAUCUUAAGAGGGCAGAGAUGCAUACUUCCAACUUAACUAAAUAAACUCUGGGGUUUUCAGUAUUUUCCUUAACUUAAAGAUAAUGUAUUGUUUAAAUGUACCAUUUAGGACCUGCUGAAAUACGGUUGUUCUGUUGAUUCGCCCUCUGAGUAGAGAACUUCACAAACUACUUUGUCUUGCAUCUGUCACUCCAUGCACACCUUGACUCGGUCGUGGCUGGAAAAGGGGAGAUGGGAAAAGGGCCCAGCAUGGCAGAUGGGUCAUUACGUGACCGUAACCAUGGAGAUGCUUUAACAAGUUGUACAAAAAAAAAAGUCUUUCCCGCAGCGCCAAACAGAAGGGAGUCUGUGACCCUGGAUGUGUGGGGAAGAAGGCCGGGCCGACAGUUUAGAGGUUUUUAAUUCUACUGCAAACACUUAAAAAAAGAGCGUCCCAGACCAUCUGUAGUCAACACUUGUUAUAUUAUUAAGUUAAUUAACACUGAAAAUUGUUCUUUUUGUAAUGGGUGACGUUAAUAAAAGGGAUGCUUAAUAAAAAUAGGUUUUAGUCUCUUUA